GUUUUGAUUCUCUUCUUCGAUUCCGAAAAACUGAUUGCUUCUCUUCCAGUUGAUUCCCACGGCUGAUUGUCCAUGGAUUCGGCCGCGAUUUGGUUCCGGUGAAGAAGGAGGCAUGUGAUUCCGGUGGAGAUCGAUCCGUCGAAACCCUAAUAUUUGGGGAAGAUUCAAGCAGUUCGAUUUCAGUGCGAUUAAUCCUCCCGAUGUUGCUAUUGUAUUUCCCAUGGAUGGGUUUCAUUUGUAUCGUUCGCAACUUGAUGCUAUGGAGGAUCCCAAAGAAGCCCAUGCGAGAAGAGGAGCUCCAUGGACUUUUGAUCCUGCACUAUUGCUUAACUGUUUAAAGAAGCUGAGAAACGAGGGAUCAGUUUAUGUACCAUCAUUUGAUCAUGGAGUUGGAGAUCCAGUUGAAGAUGAUAUCUUUGUUAGCCUCCAGCAUAAAGUGGUAAUUGUAGAAGGAAACUACAUCUUGUUAGAAGAAGGAUCUUGGAAAGACAUCUCGGAUAUGUUUGAUGAUAAGUGGUUCAUCGAUGUCAAUCUAGAUACAGCAAUGCAACGAGUUGAAAACCGGCAUGUCUCAACUGUUGAGCUCAAACAAGUCACACUUAAGGCGACAAGGAAACAACAUUUCAACCAACCGAAAGAGAAGAUCCUUAUUUCCGACAAAGAAGAGACGCCACAGGAAGGCUUGGUCUUUCUCCGAUCCAAAAAUGUACUGCAGCAAUUAGGCUACUAGCAUAUGGUGGCGGGUGUGAUACGGUGGACGAAUAUGUCCGACUUGGUGAAACAACUGCUCGAAAAUGUUUGCAACAUUUUGUCAGUGGAGUUGUCAAUUUCUUUGGCGAUGAAUAUCUAAGAAGACCCACACCAGAGGAUCUUCAGAGAUUACUAUAUGUUGCAGAAGAACGUGGAUUUCCCGGGAUGGUUGGAAGCAUCGACUGUAUGCAUUGGGUUUGGAAGAAUUGCCCAACAGCUUGGAAAGGCAUGUAUACACGAGGAUCCGGCAAACCAACAAUUGUUUUAGAGGCGGUCGCGUCAUAUGAUCUCUGGAUAUGGCACGCGUUUUUUGGGUCUCCAGGUACUUUUAACGAUAUCAAUGUUCUUGAUCGAUCUCCUGUCUUUGAUGAUAUACUUUAUGGUCAAGCUCCACAAGUUACUUACUACGUUAACGGCAGAGAGUACAAUUUGACUUACUAUCUGACAGACGGUAUUUAUCCAAAAUGGCCAACGUUUAUUCAAUCCAUACCACUACCACAGACUCCAAAAGCAUCUUUAUUUGCUGACCGCCAAGAAAGCUACCGAAAAGAUGUUGAGCGUGCGUUCGGUGUCCUACAAGCUAGAUUCGCGGUCAUUAAAAAUCCAUGUCUUUUAUGGGAUAAAGACCAAGUGGGAUUGAUUAUGAGGGCGUGUAUCAUACUCCACAAUAUGAUUGUCGAAAAUGAACGAGAUGGAUACAGUCAAGCUGAGGUUUCUGAUUUCCCACAAGCAGAGGGUGUGGAUCUUUCAUAUUCUAUCAAUAUGAAUUCAAAUAUUAGCAACGUGCUGAAUGGUCAAAUAAUAAUCCGUGAUAGAGAAGUGCAUGACCAAUUGAAACUUGAUUUAGUUGAACAUUUGUGGACUAAAUUUGGAUAUUAAAUGUUUCAUGUUUUAAUUAAAUAUGUUUCUAUGUUU